AAAUAGUUAAAUGAAGAAGAGAGAGAGAGAGAGAGUAGAAGAGAGUGCCAUUUUCAAGGACCCAGAAAGAAAGCAAACUCAAAGCAGACAUAAACAAAGCAAAGCAGUAGAGAGAGAAAGUUUUUAAUUUGUUUUCAAGGAGAGAGAGAGAGAGAAAAAAAAAGGAAGCUUUUUUUUUUUUUUGUUCUUCUGUUGUUAGAGAAGACAUUGGGAAGGAGAAAGAAAAAUGGAAAGUUUUUGUGGGAGAGAAGAGGAAGUUGUCUGGAGAUUGUAGGGGAAGAUAGGGAACACUGCUUCAGCAUUUGGUCUCUCUGUAACUCAGGAAAACGAAGCCCUCUCUUUUCUUCUUUGUCCCCUCUUCUUCCUUAAUCCCAUUUUUUGUUUUUUGUUUUCCGAUUUGCUUUUCCGGCCACUUCGCCGGACUUCCUCCGUUCUUGACCUUCUUCUUCCUGCUCCGUCGUGGUCUCUUCUUUUUCUUUUCUUUUCUUUUCCGGGAAAAUUUGAGGGACUUUCUUGUUUCUUCCCCCUUUUGCUUUUGGUUUUGGUUUUUGUUUUUGUUUUUGGGGGGUUGAUCCAGCCAGCGGGAUUAAAGCUGACUUUCACUUUCGGAAUCAGAACCUUUUUUUGUUUCUUCGAUCUGAGCUACUGGAAGUUUUAAUUUUUGCCGGAAGCGGCGGCGCAGCGCCGGAGACGAUGAGCCAGUGAGAUUUUAGCGGUUGUUUCCUUCUUUUACAUCCAACUGCGGAACUCGACGGCGACAGCAAUGAAGACGCCGGCGAACAGUGCCGGUGCUGCCUCCACCACCGCCGCGACAAAUUCCUGCGAAGGUGGAAUGGAGAAGAAGCUCAUAAACCCGGAGUUAUGGCAAGCGUGCGCCGGACCACUGGUCAACCUGCCGCCGGCUGGUUACCACGUGGUGUAUUUUCCCCAAGGCCACAGCGAACAGGUUGCAGCAUCUUUGAAGAAAGAUGUGGAUGCUCAAAUCCCAAAUUACCCAAAUCUUCCUUCAAAGUUACUGUGUCUGCUUCAUAAUGUAACCUUACAUGCUGACCCAGAAACAGAUGAAGUUUAUGCUCAAAUGACACUACAACCAGUUCCUUCUUUUGACAAGGAUGCAUUGUUGAGAUCUGAUCUAUCUCUCAAGUCUAAUAAGCCACAACCAGAGUUCUUCUGUAAAACAUUGACUGCAAGUGACACGAGCACUCAUGGCGGGUUCUCUGUGCCUCGCCGUGCUGCAGAGAAGAUUUUCCCCCCUCUUGAUUUCUCUAUGCAACCACCUGCACAAGAGCUUGUUGCCAAGGAUUUGCAUGAUACUGUAUGGAAUUUUCGUCACAUAUAUCGAGGACAACCGAAACGUCAUUUGCUGACAACGGGUUGGAGCCUAUUUGUUAGUGGAAAAAGACUUCUUGCUGGUGAUUCAGUUUUGUUCAUAAGAGAUGAAAAACAACAGCUUCUUUUGGGCAUAAGGCGCGCGAACAGGCAACCAACGAACUUAUCAUCAUCGGUGUUGUCGACUGAUAGUAUGCACAUUGGUAUUCUUGCAGCUGCUGCCCAUGCCGCCGCAAACAAUAGCCCUUUCACCGUCUUCUACAACCCAAGGGCAAGUCCUUCAGAAUUUGUCAUUCCUCUUGCCAAAUACUACAAGGCAGUGUCUGCAAACCAAAUAUCGCUCGGUAUGCGCUUUAGGAUGAUGUUUGAGACAGAAGAGUCUGGAACAAGAAGGUACAUGGGUACUAUCACAGGUAUAAGUGAUCUUGAUCCCGUCAGAUGGAAGGGCUCGCAAUGGCGUAAUCUACAGGUCGGGUGGGAUGAGUCAACUGGAGGAGAAAGACGUAACCGAGUCUCGAUAUGGGAGAUCGAACCGGUAAUUGCUCCAUUUUUCAUUUGUCCCCCUCCGUUCUUGAGAUCGAAGCGUCCAAGGCAACCGGGAAUGCCAGAUGACGACUCCUCUGAUUUGGAUGGUAUUUUUAAAAGAACAAUGUUUGGUGAUGAUUUCUGCAUGAAAGAUCCACAGGGAUAUCCUGGCCUGAACUUAGUUCAAUGGAUGAAUAUGCAAAACCCUUCGCUGUCUAACUCGAUGCAGCCAAAUUAUAUGCAAUCAUUUUCCGGGUCAAUGCUACAAAACCUUGGUGGAGUCGAUAUUUCUCGGCAACUUGGCUUGUCAGCGACGCAAAUUCCUCAAUCGAACAACAUACAGUUCAAUGCUCAAAGGCUACUUUCUCAAGCUCAACAGUUAGAUCAGCUGCCUAAGCUACCAUCGAAUAUGAGCUCAUUGGUGGCUGAACAAUUGGAUGAUAUGUCCCAGCAGACACGGCAGAAUUUGAUUAACCAAAACGCAGUCUCGAGUCAGAUUCAAGCUCAAAUUAUGCAGCAGCCUCAUGGGAAUGGGAUCCUUCAGCAACCAAACUCUUUGCAAAAUCAGCAGCUUCAGAGAAGCCUCCCUCAGAACCUGCAGAUGCAGCAGCAGCAUCAGCAUCAGCAAAUUUUGGGUCAGAAUCAACAGCAGAAUGUGAAUCCGUCCCCGCUCCCGGAACAGUUAAAUAAUCAGCUGCAAAUGUCAGAUAAUCAGGUUCAAAUUCAGAUGCUGCAGAAGCUCCAGCAGCAGCAGCAAUCACUUUUGGCUCAGCAGUCUGCUCUUCAGCCUGUUCAACUCGCGCAACUUCCAGAACAGCAGAGACCGUUGAUAGAUGUGUCCCAAAGCUAUUCCAGAUCCAUGUCAUCGAACCAAAUGCUUGAAAUGGCUCAGACUACCCCCAUUGUGGUCCCUCCCUCGAAUACAUUACCGCAGCAGGCAGCGAAAAGCAAUAGCCAGACGAAUAGCCGAUUCUCGAAUCAGCAUUUGCAGCCGAAACUCCCACAACUACAGCAACCACCUCCAUCUACUGUAAUUACUGACAUGUCUAGGCAGAUGGGUCUUCCUCCAAGCCAAACAAACAAUCAGCUCUCUGCAGCUACGAGUAGUGUAAUAACUGGAGCAGCUGGAGCUGGCCAAUCCGGAAUUACUGACGACAUACCAUCAUGCUCCACAUCACCAUCCACAAACAACUGUCCAAGUUUGAUUCAACCAGUAACGAACGGAAGGGUUCAUCGGAGCACAGGAUUGGUUGAGGAUGUGGCUCAAUCUGCUGCAACUAUAUUCAGUCCAAAUGCCUUGGAUAAUACCAUGUCUCCAAAUGCCAACUUGGUUAAAGAUUUUCCACAGAAGACUGCUGUUAAACCUUCACUGAAUAUUUCCAAGAAUCAAAGCCAUGGAAUUUUUGCACAACAAACUUUCUUGGGCGGCGCGGUUGCUCAGACAGAUUUCUUGGACACGUCGUCCUCCACAACCUCGGCUUGCCUUUCUCAGAAUGAUGCUCAACUGCAGCAGCAAAAUAAUAUGAUGUCAUUCAACUCGCAACCGAUGUUGUUUAGAGAUAGUACUCAGGAUUUGGAAGUAGCAGCAGAUCUCCAUAACAUUCCGUAUGAGGCUAACGUCGAUGGACAAUUGGUAGCGCAGUUAAAUUCCGAUCCUUUGUUAAACAACAAGGGUAUUGGAGGAUUGGGGAAGGAUUUCUCCAAUAAUUUUUCUUCUGGGGGCAUGCUCACCACUUAUGACGUACAGAAAGAUCCUCAGCAGGAAAUUUCUUCCUCUUUAGUUUCUCAGUCAUUCGGUAUUCCAGACAUGACAUUUAAUUCCAUGGAUUCGACGAUAAACGAUAAUGCCUUCUUGAACAGAAAUCAAUGGGCUCCUCCGCCUCCGUUUCAGCGUAUGCGAACCUACACCAAGGUGUACAAACGUGGAGCUGUUGGGAGAUCUAUCGAUAUCACCCGUUACUCGGGUUAUGAUGAGCUGAAACAAGACCUUGCCCGUAGGUUCGGUAUCGAGGGGCAGUUGGAGGACAGGCAAAAAAUAGGCUGGAAACUUGUUUAUGUGGAUCAUGAGAAUGAUGUUUUACUUGUAGGCGAUGACCCUUGGGACGACUUUGUGAACUGUGUACGGAGCAUCAAGAUCCUGUCCCCACAGGAAGUGCAGCAAAUGAGCUUGGAUGACGAUUUUGGAAAUGGGGUCCUACCGAACCAAGCCUGCAGCAGCUCGGAUGGUGGGAAUGCUUGAACAAACACCAUACCACUGCCUAAAUGCUAACACUCCCCUUCUUUUGGUAACUGAUUCUUAUAGUUUUUAGCUCAAACGUUCAUAGCUUCGGCUGCGAUUUCGCGUUGCAAGAAUCUUGCAACAAUGGAAGAGCUAGCCAAUGAAUUUUUCUUGAAAUCUCUUAGAAAGCAUAGUUGAGAGAAGAAGUUGAAGUUGAGGUGGAAGCAAAGUGAAGCUUGAUCCGGGUUCCGAGUUGUCGUGGAAGGUGGUAUAUUAUUCACCAAUGUGAUUAUAGUUCACGAUAUCGUCGUCGUCGGGGCUGAUCUCGUUUGCCACGUCGUAGUUUUAAAUUAUUGUGGUGCAGUUUAGCAAGCAAAAGCAUAAAACUUUGUAUCCUUAGUUUUUCAUGUAAAUUAGAAAAAGAUGUGCAGAUUUUCUUCCCCAGUCCAAUGAGAAAUGGCUUAUAUGAAUGUUUUUUUCUUUUUUGGUGAUAA